ACUGAGAACCUGCUAGAGUGCAGGGAAGCAAAUGGGAGAUGAGCGGGAAGUGAGGGAUCGGAAGAAUUCCUUCAGGAAAAAAAUCCGAUUAAGCUAUAGCGAGGGUGAUAGGAAUCCCAGAUUGGGGGGAAAUAGAUGAAUUCUGGUGGGAGGGUGGGAAGACCUUGAAGAGACCUCUCGUGCUCUGAGCCUCUGGAAAUAGGAGGGUAGGCGGCAGGAAUGGCAGCAGAGGGCAUAGAAGAGAGAAACUGAGGAAAGUUGCUGGAGAGUUUGGAUGAGAUAUCAGGAAGCUGGUUUUUCUGCCAAGGGGUCUAGGCUGCUUGGAUUCCCAGGGGGACCUGGAGAGUGUCCUGUCCUACAUGUGGCCACAUUCAUCUGGGGCCAGGCCUUGGGCCAGUGCUUUGAUAGGGAAGGACCCGGGUGUAAUGGCUUGGUGGCGUCUGGAUGGGCUUCGGAAAGGCUUUGCUGAGCCUUGGAGAGACCUCUGGAGAUUGGGCUCACAGCCCCUGCACUGCAUCCCUCCUUCCUCACCUCGGACCAGGAACAGCAGAGACUGUAGGAACUUAAGGAGGAGGGAAAACAUAGAUGGCUGGACACAGAAUCUAGAGACUUCCAGUAAUGUGCAGAUGUUUCGACCUUCAGGUUCCACAGGGCUGAUUCCCCCAUCCCACUUCCAAGCUCGUCCCCUUCCAACUGUGCCAAGAAUGGCUCCCACCUGGGUCUCAGACAUUCCCCUGGUCCAACUUCCAGCCCAUCAAGAUGUCUCAGAGAGGCGGCCAGACCAGAGACCUCAAGUGAUAAAGUGGGAACAGGAUAUUUCGGGCAAUUUGCAGGAUCCAGGGCGGAGAGGCAGGUCUCUGGAGCUGGAAGGGUCACAGGCCUUGACCCAGCAGGCUGAGUUGAUCUCUCGGCAGCUACAAGAGCUGCGGCACCUUGAGGAGGAGGUUCGGGUCCUACGGGAGACCUCGCUGCAGCAGAAGAUGAGGCUGGAGGCCCAGGCCCUGGAGAUAGAGGCUCUGGCUCGGGCGGAGAAGGCUGGCCAAGCUGAGGCUGAGGGCCUGCGCGCUGCCUUGGCUGGGGCUGAGGUUGUCCGGAAGAACCUGGAAGAGGGGAGCCAGCGGGACCUGGAGGAGGUUAAGAGGCUGCACCAAGAGCAGCUCUCCUCCUUGACACAGGCUCACCAGGAGGCUCUUUCUAGUUUGACCAACAAAGCUGAGGGCUUGGAGAAAUCUCUGAAUAGUCUGGAAACCAGGAGGGCAGGGGAAGCCAAGGAGCUGGCUGUGACCCAGAAGGAGGCUGAGCUGCUGCGGAAGGAGCUGAGCAAGACCCAAGAAGAUUUGGAGGCACAAGUGGCCUUGGUUGAGAAUUUAAGGAGAUAUGUGGGGGAGCAAGUCCCUCCUGACGUCCAAAGCCGGACCUGGGAAUUGGAGCGACAGGAGCUUCUAGAAACUGUGCAACACUUGCAGGAGGACCGAGAUGGCCUGCACACCACAGUGGAGCUGCUGCAGGUGCGGGUACAAAGCCUCAUGCACAUCCUCGCCAUGCAGGAGGAGGAGCUGGCCAGGAAGGUUCAGCCUUCAGAUACCCUGGAGCCUGAGUUCACUAGGAAGUGCCAGUCCCUGCUGAAGGGCUGGCGGGAGAAAGUGUUUGCCCUCAUGGUGCAGCUGAAGGCUCAGGAGCUGGAGCACAGGAGAUGCAUGGAGCAGCUAAAGGGACAGGUGGCAGAGCUCCAGGAAAGAGCUGUGGCCCAGAGCCAGGAACAGGCCAUCCUGCAGCGCUCCCUACAGGACAAGGCCGCAGAGGUGGAGGUGGAGCGGAUGGGCGCCAAGGCCCUGCAGAUAGAGCUGAGCCGAGCCCAGGAGGCCCAGCGCCGGAGGCAGCAGCACAUGGCCACAGCUGAGGAGCAGCUGAAGUUUGUGGCCAAUUCUGUCAGCAGCUUCCAGACCUGGCUCCAGAGCACCAUGGCUGAUGUGGAGCGGGCUACCUCGCGGCUGCCUAGCCUCAGCAGCCGAGUCAGCUAUGCCGUCCGCAGGGUCCACACCAUUCAGGGUCUGAUGGCUCGAAAACUGGCCCUUGUUCAGCUGCGCCAGGAGAGCUGCUCCCAACCCCCACCUGCCACAGAUGUGAACCUUGAGUUGGAGCAGCUGCGGGAAGAACGGAACCGCCUGGACACAGAACUGCAGCUGAGUGCCCACAUCAUUGAGCGGGAGGUGGGCCGGGCCCGGGAGCAAGGGGAGGCGGAGCGGCAACAACUGAGUGAGGUUGCCCAGCAGCUGGAGCAGGAGCUGCAGCGGACCCAGGAGUCCCUGGCUAGUGUGGGGCUGCAGCUGGAAGCAGCUCGUCGGGGCCAGCAGGAGAGCACACAGGAGGCUGCCAGUCUCCGACAGGAACUGACCCAGCAGCAGGAGAUCUAUGGGCAAGCUCUGCAAGAGAAGGUGGCUGAAGUGGAAACUAGGCUGCGAGAACAGCUCUUAGAAACAGAGAGGAGAUUGAAUGAGGCUCGGAGGGAGCAUGGCAAGGCAGUGGUCUCCCUGCGCCAGAUGCAGCGCAAAGCCACCCGGGAAAAGGAACGGAACCAGGAGCUCAGGCGUCUGCAAGAUGAGGUCCGGAAGGAGGAGGGGCUGCGGCUGACCCAACGCCUGCAGGAGCUAGAAAGGGACAAGAACCUUAUGCUGGCCACCUUGCAGCAGGAAGGUCUCCUCUCCCGUUACAAGCAGCAGCGACUCUUGGCAGUUCUUCCUUCCCUGCUGGAUAAGGGGAAAUCUGUGGAGUCGGGCCCCAGGGCCCCAGGGUCUUCAGCAGCAGCAUCCACCAGCAGGGAGUCCAUAAAAGGAUCCCUCUCUGUCCUGCUUGAUGAUCUGCAAGGCCUGAGUGAGGCCAUCUCCAAAGAGGAGGCUGUUUCUCAAGGAGACAACCAGCACUGUCCUCCUCCUUUCUGCCUCUGAGCAGCUGGGAGUUCAAGGUGGGCCGGAAGGAUCACGGAGAAGUGGGGUGGGGUGCGGAGGUCAGCCAGCUGCCCUUAUGGACACGAGCUGCCAAGAUGUCUGUGAAUUCUGUGGCACAAUAAAGAUGACUACAAUAGGAGCCAUGUUCUCUCUGGGAAUGGAAGGGAAUUCUCCAACAGCUAUUGCUUUCCGGAAAAUGUGAGAAGUCCCAAACAGCUGUUUUCCUAGGUGGUGCCUUUUUCAAAACCCCUUUCCCUGGGCUACUUGGUAAGUUUUUUUGAGAAGCUCCAGGUUUUCUUUAUUCUCAACUUUUGCUUUAAAACUCUUAAAAAAAAAUAAAAAAUAAAACUCUUUACCUCUCA